AUGGAGGCUUUUUCGGAGGGUGCGCCGCCGGUGGAGAGCGACCGGGUGCCACUGGCUGCCGGCCUUUCCGCCCUGGUUCCCGACAGAUUGCAUCAGCGAGAAGCGGAACGACGAGAGGAGGCAGAUAGAAAGCGACGAGAUCGCGACGCGCAGUCGGUGUUAGAAGAGCAGAGCGAUUAUUUCACCGCCUCCUUUGCCCGGGAGCGGGAGACCAUCGAAGCGCUGCUGCGGUCGGAGCCGGCCCAGGGUGCCGAGGCGGCUGUCGAAGCCGUGUCGGAGGCGGCUCGGCGACUGCAGGAUCUGCAGCGGCUGCUGACUGAUUCAGUGCGCUUCUUGGCUCCAUAUGAGGUGCGGCAGGCCCAGGCGGCGCUGAACAAGCUGCAGGGCGAGCUCUCCGACAGGCGCCUCCAGCUGAAGCCGAAGAAGCGGUUCGCCUUCACCAAAGCCCUCAAAAAGGACCCUGCCCCGGCUCCGUCCAAGUCUUCCGCUCAGCAUCCGCCCCGGGAAAGCUCCGCGAAAGACCAGAAAGAAGCGGCAACCUCCGCGCAGGUGGAUCCAGGUUGCGGCUUCAGCCGGGCCGAGGGACAGACCCUCGAGCUCGGGCCGACCGACUUGCUGCAGCAGGACGUGGUGCUGUCUCACCUUAGGCGCUGCCGGGUGCUGUUACGCGGCAACCCCAACACGUUGUUGGUGCGCGACUGCGACGAUUGUACCAUACUGUGCGGACCCGUGUCGACCUCGGCGCGGGUGGAUGGGUGUAGCGGUUGCCUCGUGGCUCUCGCCUGCCAGCAGCUCCGGACUCGCCGCGCGACGGAGACGAGCUUCUACGUACAAGUGACUAGCCGAGCGAUGCUGGAGGACUGCUGCGCUGUGCGCUUCGCCCCCUAUUCAUGGGAUUAUGCAGGCAUUGAUGCUGACUUCAAGACUGCUGGGCUUGAUAGAAGCAAGAACAACUGGGACCAGGUGGACGACUUUAAUUGGCUGGCCAAGGAUCAGGCCUCCCCGAAUUGGUGUGUGAUCCCGGAAAAGGAGCGGAUCACGAAUUGGAAUUGAGUUACAGCCUGCAUUUGUAGAGGAUUUCAAAACAGCGGCACUGAAAAAGAGGAGCGACUUUUCAAAGGACAGAAUUAAUGAUGCAUUAAAUAGUCCUGAAUGAUGUUUGGAAACUUUAAAGAGUAUGAUUAGGUUGCCAAAACACGUGUCCUGAUAACCUUUAACUAUGUACUUGCUGAUUAUGUGUCGUGGUGCUAAUGUUUAGUAUUGUGUAUGCUGGGGUUCUUUCUGUAGAUCUGCAGUUGUAGCUGUAAGAUUGUUUUUGUCCUCUUAGGAAGAAAACUUGCGGGGCUGAAGAUUUUAACUUCUGUUAAAAUGUUAUCCAGUUAGUAAUUUGCUCACCUAAAUACUGAUUAAAAUUACUGUUAUUUAAACAUUGGCUAUUUUUAUCUCUGAAAUGUGUUUAUGAUAUAUGUGGAUUAAAAAAAUAGUCUUCCUGAAGAGUGUUAUGAGAUAGGAAUGGUUUGAAGAUACUGUAGAUUUUUUUUGUCAACUGUAUAAGAAAUAAUUUAGAGAUGCAUGGUUUCAGAAGUACUUUUAGCAUGUUCCCUUGUUAAAAUAGUUUAACUUAUGCUGUGUAUCUGAAGCAGAUUCUUUCCGGGAUCCAUCUUCCUCUAAUAGUACCAAGCCAGAGAAUUCUAUAAAAUUAAUUUGCAAAUCAUUCUGAAAGUUAUUCAGAAACUAUGUCAGCAUUAGUUCACUUUUACAAAACAUCGUGCAGGUUGAUGAGUUUGUAAAAGUGCUUAAUUUCGGAUCACAAACAGUAUGUGCUUUUACUUUUGUGUGCCUGUAAGCAUUUUGAAGAUAGAUGUCUAAAAGGACAGACCAAAAAUAUAUAUAGGCCCUGGGACAUAGUUAUGCACUUUAAGUGGCAGAAAGUUUAGUAGGUGCUUAAGUGUCCUUCUAAAAUUAAUAAAAUGCAAAAGGAUAAAGUCAAGUUUGCCUUAUACCUUUCUGCUACAUUUUGAAUAAAAUAUUUCUGUAAUAAAAUAAUGUAAGAUUUUAUAUAACAUGUACAUUUAUAACUUAAUGUACACUUCAGAAAUAUUUCACAAUUUGAACAUCUUAAGAUAUUUGUUUUAUUUCCACUUUAUUUUUUUUACAAUACCUUGAUUGAAAAUUUCUCAGUUAUUUGGAUUGUUAUUUAUUAACAAUUUUGUUACUGCAUCCAUUAUCAUUUCUUCUUAAUAUUUAUACUAAAGUAAAACAAGAUAUAUAGAAGCUUCAAAGUAUUCUGAAGAUAGAACUGUCCAAAGCUUCUGCAAGAAGUGCUAAACAAUGUACAGGAGUUCUUAUAAAACCCUUGGCUUUGAAAUAUUAAAGCAACUGUAUUGUUGGCAAGCUUUGUGGGGCUGCUUCAAAGAUUGUUCUUGGCUAUCUCAGUACUCAUGAAAACAGCCACAAGAUUCUUAAGUACUAGUUUGACCCUUUGGAAAGAAGUGUUGAAUAUAUUCCUUAACAGAUUAAAAUUCAGUUGCUGU